UCACUUUUUAUUCCCUAAAAAGGGAAUACAACCCCAAUCGGCGCAAACCCUAAUUCUCUAUCUCCCUCUCACCGAUUUCCCUCCCGCCGUUGUUCUUCGAUCUUCCUCUUUGCACCAUCGAGUUAUCUAUCGAUGGCUUCUCUUCCGACUGCUCAUCCCACCUAUCCAAGUGAAUGGGAAGUCGAAUCGACGGAAAUUGACGGUGGAUUCCGGCUCCCCUCGAUGGAAGAAGUCGCCAUUUCUUAUGUGGCUUCUCUUCAGGGGUUGGCGCCGGAAUCUGAAGCAUUCGUGCCAGAAUCUGAGUCAUUUGUGCCGGAAUCUGAGUCAUUCGUGCCGGAAUCUGAGUCAUUCGUGCUUUCGACGGAAUCCAUGGUGCCGGAGACAGAAUCUUUCAUAGAUUCGACGCCGGCACCCGGAUCUGUUGAGCCGUGGUCGCCACCUACUCUCGCUCCACCUUUAGCGCCGCCGACACCUGGAUCUGUCGAGGAAGCCACCUAUUACAACUUCGCUCAGUUCUCAGCUGAAAAAUACACGAAAUACGUUGGUAUUUCGGAGUCCAUCGGUGAUGAUAGUGAGUACCAGGCAUGGCUUGCUGCCGGUGGCCUCGUCUCUGACAUAGAGCCGCCAGCGCACUCGCGGCCGCCGCCUGCAGACGAAUCCUCUAGGCGCCGCCGUCGCCUUCAAACCCUACGCAUCUAUCUUCCUUCGUUGGUAGAUAGCAUGAUCGAUUAAGGUAUCCCGAUAGCUUGCUGCGCGGCUGCCUCUUUCCAUAUUGCCCAAAUAGUCUUCAAGCUUGUAUUGAAGACGUUGGCUGCUUCUUUCUUGGCGCCGUACUUCAAUUUACCGUUGGAACUACGUUGCAAAAGCCACUGCGCAAUUUGAUUUCUUUUGUCAUUUGAUAGUUUAGUACUCUCUCUUUCUUGUGGCAUUUUGUGGAGUUGGCUGAAAUUAAUGAGCUCACCAACCUCCUCUUUUGUGUAUUUAUUGACUCAUUAAGUUGGUAGGUAGAUUUGAACAAUUCCCUCCAAAUAUUUUGUGUAAUUUCCUGCCCAAACUGGCGCCAUUUUGUACUUACAGUAAUCUGCCAUAUUUUUGGCAGAUUAAAUCAAUGCAAAUUUCUUUUUAAGU